AUGGCUCUCGCCGUCACUACCACUUCUUCCUCUUCAGCAGCACCCUCCACUUCCUUCUUCUCGCACCUUGGAUCUUCCUCUGAGGCCAAAGUUCCGCAAAUCGGUUCGUUUCGGUUUCCGGAGAGGACCCUUGUUUCGUCCGGUGUUGUUAAUUUAACUCAACGACGCUCCUUGGUGAGGCCUCUCAAUGCCGAACCGCAACGGAAUGAUUCUAUUGUUCCUCUUGCAGCAACUAUUGUUGCUCCUGAGGUUGAGAAGGAAGAGGAAGAUUUCGAGCAAUUAGCGAAAGACCUUGAAAAUGCAUCUCCUCUUGAAGUUAUGGACAGGGCUCUCGAGAAAUUUGGGAACGAUAUCGCUAUUGCAUUUAGUGGUGCUGAAGAUGUUGCUUUGAUUGAGUACGCCCAUUUGACGGGGCGACCCUACAGAGUGUUCAGCCUGGACACUGGGAGACUGAACCCAGAAACUUACAGAUUUUUUGACGCAGUUGAGAAGUAUUAUGGAAUUCACAUUGAGUACAUGUUCCCUGAUGCGGUUGAGGUUCAGGCCUUAGUAAGAACCAAGGGGCUGUUCUCAUUUUAUGAGGAUGGCCAUCAAGAGUGCUGCAGAGUAAGGAAGGUGAGACCCUUAAGGAGAGCCCUCAAGGGUCUCAGAGCAUGGAUCACUGGACAGAGAAAAGACCAGUCUCCUGGUACUCGGUCUGAAAUCCCCGUUGUCCAGGUUGAUCCUGUUUUUGAGGGAAUGGAUGGUGGAAUUGGCAGUCUGGUGAAGUGGAAUCCGGUGGCAAAUGUUAAUGGUCUAGACAUAUGGAACUUCCUUAGGACCAUGGAUGUGCCCGUAAAUUCAUUGCACUCCCAAGGAUAUGUUUCAAUUGGCUGUGAGCCAUGCACAAGGCCGGUUUUACCUGGACAGCAUGAAAGAGAAGGAAGGUGGUGGUGGGAGGAUGCCAAGGCCAAGGAGUGUGGUCUUCACAAAGGUAAUUUAAAGCAGGAAGAUGUCGCCCAGCUUAAUGGAAAUGGAAAUGGGGCCACCCAUUCAAAUGGCUCUGCCACUGUCGCUGACAUUUUCAAUUCCCAGAAUGUGGUCAGCUUGAGCAGGACUGGAAUUGAGAAUUUGGCAAAAUUGGAGAACCGAAAAGAACCAUGGCUUGUUGUGCUCUAUGCACCAUGGUGCCGCUUCUGUCAGGCCAUGGAGGAAUCGUAUGUGGAUUUAGCUGAGAAGUUGGCAGGGUCGGGAGUGAAGGUUGCAAAAUUCAGAGCGGAUGGAGAGCAGAAAGAAUAUGCAAAGAGUGAACUGGAGUUGGGAAGCUUCCCCACAAUACUUCUCUUCCCCAAACACUCUUCUCGACCAAUUAAGUACCCUUCUGAAAAGAGAGACGUUGAUUCUUUGGUGACAUUCGUGAAUGCCUUAAGGUGA